AUGGCGCGUGCGGUCCAGAAACGGCACCCAGAGCUCUCUCUCCCGGCACGCCAGCCAGCCAAGUCAUUGCCCAUUCUUUCGGCUUCCGGCAUGCACCGGCCAGCUGGCCUUCGCAUGCACGGAUGUGCGUUAGAAGCCAGGUGGCCGUUGCCCGUGAGCACACCAGGAGCUGCUCUUCCGGUUUGCGGCGGGCCCCCGCGCGCUCUCGUUUCGGCCCUCGGCGCCCCCCUAAAAGGUUCACCGUCGCUGAAUUUGGGGCGUCCAUCACAAUCCCUUUACGCCUUUGCCUCCCUCCCAACCAGCCGGUCCACCCUUUUGGUGCGGUUGCAGACGGACGACCAGCCCGAGCUGCAGUACCAACCUGGCGACCACGUCAGCAUCUUUCCCGCCAACCGGGCGGUGCUGGUGGAGGCCUUGAUGCAGCUGGUCCAGGACGCGCCGCCGGCCGAGGAGCCCGUCGCCGUGGAGACCCUGGAGGCGGGCACCGAGGGUGUGAAACGGAUGUGGGUGCCCAGCCAGCGCCUGCCUGCUUGCACCCUGCGCCAGGCGCUCACCUACUUCCUGGACAUCACCACGGCGCCCAGCCCGCAGCUGCUCCAGGUGCUGGCCACCCUGGCCGAAGACCGUGCCGAGCGAGAGAAGCUGCAACGGCUCAGCCAGGACUCGCUUCUCUACGAGGAGUGGAAGUGGUUCCGUUGCCCGACGGUCGUGGAGCUGUUGGAAGAGUUCCCCUCGGUGGUGCUGCCCACCUCGCUGCUGCUCACCCAGCUGCCCCUGCUGCAGGCCCGCCAGUACUCCGUCAGCUCCGCGCCCGAUGCUUACCCGGGGGAGCUGCACCUCACCGUAGCCGUGCUCAACUACCGCAGUCAGG